AUGUCUAAAAAUAUUAACAGGAGGUUAUUCGUAGCUAACCACAGUCAAGACCAAUCCACUGAGGAAGAGCCUCAGAGUUCAGGAGAGAUGUCAGGUGAAAAACUUUACCAGAAGAAAGGACGCCAAGGAAGUGACUUUAAAAAAAAGUUACCACCGGAUGGUUUUCGAGCAAUUGUGAGAUGGGGACAUAAUGGGAUUCCAACCGGACAGUGGGCUAAUAACUUCAGCUCAUACCUUGGAUGUUUGAUACGGAGGAGUGAUAAUGUGAAUCCCUAUUACGAGGCUUGGGAGCAGCCAUUUCAUGUCCUGGAGAGUAUAUAUCGAGAUUGUUGGAGAUAUUUCAACAUCGAAGACAAUCCCGUAGGGUGGGAAUUUUUAUUUGGAUACCAGGGAAAGUUCAAGCAUUCUCUUCGGGAGUGGAGACAUGAGAUAAAGAAGAAAUGCUUUGAUUGUUUCACUCACAACUGGGAGAGGAUAUACAAGCGAGAUAAGAGGGUUGAGCCUGAGCACUUAGCUGCACUUAUAAUAUUGUGGGGCCAAGAGGAGCACCAGGAAGCUCUGGAAAACACGUAUUCUGAGGUUGUUGCACAGAGCCAAGAGCCCCUGACUAGAGAGCAGAAUUAUAAUGUGAGCCAUCUAGUUUGUGGACUUCCUAAAAAAGGGAGGACCAGGUGGAUGGGAGUUGGAGCUCAGAGGGUGUCUACACAAUUCCAGCCUCCGCCGAUUUCCACACCCUCGACUAUGCCAUCGGGAUUCCCGAGGAGAUGUGGGAGGAUAUUCAAGAGCUCGACUAUGCCAUCGGGGCCCUCUUACAUGCCGCAGGAGGAUUGCACUCAGCAGGCGAUGCAGCUUGUUUCCUCUGUGAUGAGUAUGUUAGAUGGUCAGAUUCCCGAGGAGAUGUGGGAGGAUAUUCAAGAGGAGCUUAUGCGAGUGAUCCAGCCUACUGCUACUUUUGCGAUGGUUUCUAGGCAAAUAAUGAAAUCUUGUAGAAGGCGGGUUCCUACUCGGGUGCAAAGCCAGAUUAUGAACUUCUUGGCCACUCAAAAGGCAUUUACUGGUAGUGGAGAGAGUAGCAGACAGAUUGGAGAUGAUACUAUUGGGAGCACGAGUCGUAGGGAUGGAUCCGCCAGUGGAAACGCAGACGAUGACAUGGAUAGAGCGGAUGACCUAUCAUAG